AUGUCAACAACCACUCCGCGCUUCGCCGUUCCCAUGAGCGAGCGAGGAAACGAUACCGCCGACGAAUAUAGACGCUACAUGACCGAGAAGCCGCUGAAUCCUCACAUGACCAACACCAACUCGACCAUCGCGAACGAGAUGCCGAGCGUUGGGGAGGACGGCCCACCACCGGAGCUCAUCACCAGCGUCGACCCCAAAUACACGCCCAAGGACUCCAAGCCGGCCAACACGGAGAAGAUGACGGGCGGCACGCAGGCGCCCGGCCCCAAGACGGGACCGAAUGCAGAUCUCGAUGUAGGUGAAAUCGAAGGCGGCACGUUCAAAGUGGAACCGCUCCGCCGCACCGGCGAAGACGUCAACACCAUGCGUGCCCGCCUGCUCUGUAAGCCCCGGAUCCAACAUUAAACCCAGGACCGUCCAUACUGACGCUGAUGGCUCUUGCUUGGGUAGAUCAAUCCCGCAAACGAGGCACGCUAGAAAGCGACCUCCUCCUCUCCACCUUCGCCGACGCCAAUCUCGCCUCCAUGACCCCGAAACAACUGCAGCAAUACGACCUCUUCCUCGACGAGAACGACUGGGAUAUCUACUACUGGGCGACGCAGGAAGCACCGCCGACUUCCAUGGCGUACGCGGAAGGCGCGGGCCCUGCAUUUGCGGACAAAGAAGUGCAGGGGACCGACGUGGAGGGCAAGGAACCGCAGCAAGACCAGCGGGUGCGGGCGCCUGCGAAGGGGGAAUGGGCGCAGACGAUCGGGACUUUCAAACCCGCGUAUCGACCUGUCCCGCAGCGGUGGAAGAAUUCGGAAGUCUUGAGUCUGUUGCGAAAGCAUGUCAUUGAUCGCAGUGCGGGUGGGGUGCAUAUUCCUGGAGGCGAUUCUCCUGCUGCGAAGCCUAGUGGUGGCGGGAUGGGUUUCAUGCCAGAGCUGAAGAAUUUUGAUCAGUGA